CAUUCGAUCCAUCUCUCCCUGCCACCAAACAUCCUCGCAAGGCCAUGCCCACAAGAUAGCAGCAUAUACCCGCUCCACUCGCAGAUCAUACAUACCACGUUUCAUCUCGUCACAAUGUCGCAAGACCCAUUCCACACCUUCUCGUCCUCACUCCGCUCCUCCCUCUCCUCAGCACACGCCCUCUCCCAAUCCUACACAUCGGCCCGCACCUCGUCUGAUCAUCUCACAGCGCAUGACCGUCUUGCAGAUGCGAUCGAGGCUUUGCGAUCAGACGUGGCAGAUGUAAGGCAGAGCGUCAAUGUGGUCCAGAGCAACCCUGCACGCUUCGGAGUGGACGAGUCGGAGGUGGAUCGCAGGAAGGAGUUUCUCAGAGAUUGUGAGGAGCAGAUGAGAAGAUUGGAGGAGGAGGUGGACGCUAGAAGUAGACGCAAAGACGGAGAGACUUCCAUCGACAUGAAUGGUGCUCAUCAGGACGAUGGAGACGACGAUGCCUACACAGCUUGGGAGCAGCAGCACCAGUCGACACUAAUGAGUAGGCAGGACACGAUCCUCUCCUCAAUUGGGACGACCCUCUCCUCCAUCCAACGGCAGGCGACGCACAUGGGCUCCGAAAUUGUUGAGCAGACAGAAUUGAUCGGCGCAUUGGAUUCGGAGGUAGAGAGCAGUCAGACGAGAUUAGGGAGGGCGAUGGGCAAGAUGGAUGAGAUGGUAAGGCGAGGCGACGAUCGGCUGGGAGGGUGGUGCGUUUGGCUGCUGGUCAUUGCGCUGUUCUUUCUGCUGUUGGUGGCGAUACUCAUAUGAGGCCGACAGUCGGUAUAAAGAGCAGCAAUCAGGUAUCAAUGAGGCGGCCAUACAGAGGCGACGUGCGUCUGCCUUUGUCUAUGGAGCACCUCAAGCUGGAAUCGCCUGCUUCACCUGGCUGCCCUCCUCAACCGCG